CAGAAAUUAGAAAACAAAAUGGCGGAUGAAUCUGAGAAAAUAAAUCUUGGAUUUACAGAUUAUAGCUACACAAUGUAUGUGUUUACCUAGAUACAUCUGUUGUAUCCUAGUGAUGUCUUAUGCAAGUUUACUACCUGAGGACAUGGAUGCAAAUUAAUCGAUAGAAUAAUAAACAGUAGUGAAGCAUGGAAGAGAAGUCAUCAUCUGGGCAGUGUUCAGCCAGUGAAGAUGACGAAGAUCAAAUAAAUCCUUCAAUAUCACCAAAGAUUUCACGCCCAAAAUUGCCAGAGUUUAUUGGCAAUGAAAGGGUUGGCCAUCAUGGCAGAUCUAAAACAGACCCUGGUCAAGGGGCAGAAAUUAAAGCUCUCAUUGAUAAAACUAUGGAAGAUAUCAAAGAACUACAGCAAGUUGACUUCAAAAAAACCUACAGUCGACCUAAAACUUUUCCCAAGGCUAUAGCUAAAUCUCAAUCAACUCAUGUAUCUCCAUUUACAUCUCCCAUCCCCUCACCUUCAGUUGAAGAUAAUCCAUUGCUAAGCAGAAACAGAAGUCGCAGCCUUAAAGUUCUCACUGAUAUUCUUAAAAGUGGUCGUAUGGGGGUGGAACAGCCACGGAGUAAUCCUACGGAGGAUGGUGCUAAAUCUAUCAGUGAUAGUCAGUUGUUAUCAGGAAAGAUGAAAGAGUGUGAUCGACGGUCAAGUUCUGACGGUCUUCUAGGAUCUCCUGGUAAGAUAAUUGUAACGGAGGAUCAACAACAGUCUCAGGCAAAUAGAAAAGGGUGGAUCCAUGGCAGGAAAAGUGACAGUAAAAGUCCUGCUCUGUCUGAUGACGAAGGGUUAGAUUCUGAAGGUGAACAAAAACUGAUGGGACAUACAGAUACAAAUUCUCGCUUUUUAAUGUUACAUAAAAUAGGUGCUCCAAAACGAAGACCUGCUUAUGCAGGUUUAAUGCAAAUUAAUAAACCACUGCCAGAACCAUGUAAAAGUGAUGAACCAAGUUAUAAACGUUUACAACGUGUAGAAUUACGACCCAUCAGUAGCAAUGGUCGUACAACCUCUAAUUCUAGGCAUAUUACUCACCCCCCUAAUACAAAGACUACAUUCCCCUCUGAACAGGGUGCUGUAGAUACCAAUGGUUUUGGUUCAUUAUCUCAUUCUUAUGAAGCUCCACCAACAACCUCGUUUGAUUUGGAGUCUCAGCCUAGUGACAUAUCAUUAGCUGACAGUCAGUUAGGCCAGAGUCUCGUCAGUGAAGAUGUCAGUAUUAAUAGUGAAAUUAGUGCCUUGGAAAAACCCAGAAAUGUUCGUGGAUCAAAACCCAAAUCUAAAAGUGAUCCUAUAGGCAGCAAGUCUAUAGACAAUGCUGAUAUACCUGGUGUUCUCAAACCCUCUCAUAGUUCUCCACAUUUAGCUAAGCAAGAUACAAAGGAGGAGGAGGAGGAGGAGGAGGAGGAGAUAGUGCUAAGUGAAAGUCAGCAUACAGAUCUGAUAACAGACCUUGAUAACGAUCAUCCACCAUUACAAACAUCUCAAUCUUUUGAUGACUCCUUCAACAAACCUCCAUUGUAUGUAUCUAGUUUUACUUUUGAGGAUUCAACUCCCACCGAUAGCUCUCCUCAGUAUCUCACUCUCCCUAAUACAAACAAGAAAAACAUUGCUAGAAGUGUCAGUUCAGCCAGCGUGUUACAAAGGGAGAGAAAAUAUUUAGACAGAGAGAAUAGUCUAAGGAAGCACAGUAUAGCCAGCAAUGAAAGUAAUCCAGUCUCAUUGUUUCCACCAAGUAUUAUAGAUGUUCAGUCUACCAGUAUGCCAACUUUGUGCAAGAAAGAAAACAAGGAUAAAAGGUACCACAUUGUAGAAGAGUUGUACAGAAAUGAACAAGAAUAUGUUGAUGCUUUAUCUACACUGAAGGAUAAAUACAUGUUGCCCCUAAAGUUGUCCAGUAAUGUAGAUGAUAAUAUUGUAGACAAUAUUUUCUACAUGGUUCCUGAAAUAUUGAUGCAUCACACUGUAUACAAGAAUGCUUUAGACAAAGUCUGGAGAACCUGGGAUACAAAGUCAAGCACAGUUGGAAAUGUUAUUAUUUCAACAUUUUCCAAAAAUACUGUUCUGGAUUGUUACCUGUCAUUUGUAGAGAACUUCAAGACCUCUGGUAAAGAAAUAGAAAACAUCAUACAAAAUAAAUCAUCCAUACAAAGAUUUAUAGAGCAAUGUCACAGAGACAGUGGAAGUAAAUUGACAAUGAAGGAUUUAAUUGUAAGACCAGUUCAAAGAAUCCCAAGAUAUGAAUUACUCAUUCAGAGACUAAUAGAGAAUACUCCAUCUUGUCAUCCUGAUUAUGAUUUAUUGAAAGAAGCUGACCGAAUUCUACAUAACUUUGCCAUAAAACUUGGAACAUUGGAUGAGAAUCGUCAGGAAGAAGAUUGCCAAGACUCACUGAAAAGAUUAGAGCUUCUGUUACUAACUGAUCUUGUAUCCCCAGACAGGCAAUACAUCAGACAUGAUAUGGUACAGAUAAUUAGUAAAAAGGACCAAAGUUGUGUUUGGACAUUUUCUGAUUUAAUUAUAAUCAGUAGUGUCAAAAGAAGAAGUGGCACUGUUCCAAGGAAAACAAUUAUACUAAAAUCAACAACUGGACAGGAUUUUGCAGAAAAUAUCAAACAGAAAGUAUGGGUCAGGGUAGGCUUAGAUGAUGUGGAAGUUGUCAAAACUGAAUCAAAGUUGAAUAGAAAGCCAUCAGUUGAUCCAGAACAGAUAGAACAAGAUAUACACAGAUUGAAUGAAAUCAAUGAUAUAGCAACACAACUAAGUUGCCAUCACUCGGAGUUGGAUGUUGCUUUAAAAGACCUUCUAAUCAUGUUGAACAAUCAGUUGUCAGAAAUACAGGCAAGAAUGAGACUGGUAGACUCCAACAAACUAGAUAUCAUAGUCACUACUCAAGAAGGUGUUUUUCCAUUAGAGUUAUGUUUUAGUUCAUCAGAAAAAAGAUCUGCAUGGGAAUCAGCUUUCUACGAUGCAAAACAAAAAUUAGCCAUUUUGUCCAACAAGAGAGCACCUGAGUUUCUACAGCCUUUACAGAUAACUAAAACAAGAGCCGGGAUGCAGUUUUCUUGUGCAGCAGCUAUAGAUGGUGUAAAUUGUACAGGUUUCCGUGAUGUGUGGGUGUGUAAUAGUGAUGGCUAUGUAGGUCACAUGUGUCUCCUAAGUCUUCAACCAGAGCCAAUUGUAACACUGAACACACCAGUCCCAGGCUGUAACUCAAGGAUUCUAUGUAUUUGUGCUGUACCAGCUUAUAAUGGAAUAUUUAGAAGAAAAUCAAGUUCAAAAAAAGGAAAGACUGCCACUGUACCAGAUCUGGCAAUAAAAAUUGAUGAAGAUCAAGAAGUAGACGAAGAAGGAUAUCAGUCAGACGAAGAACUCAGUGAAGAGGAUUCGGAAGAAGAUAGAGAGGAAUCGGAGGAAGACGAGGAGGAGAAUUUUAAUGAAACAGAGAAAAGAGAUUUGUUUGUCAGUGAGAUAGAAGUGCGACGCCCACCUCCUUCAGACCUGACCCAAAGUUCACCUGAUACAAUAACAGUGUCUGGUAACUGGACACAAGAUGCUUUUAAGAGUACUAUGUGGCUAGGAACAGAAGAUGGAUGUAUACACAUUUUCCAGUGUACAGAUAAUAUUAAGACAACAAAGAACAAAUUGAAGAUACAUCAUGGAUCUCCUGUGUACUGUAUUGUAUACCUUGAUAACAAAGUAUUUGUUUCAUUAGCCAAUGGAGAUUUGAUAGUGUAUAAAAGAGAUACAGAAGGUAUAUGGGAUACAGAAAAUCCAUACACACGUACCGUUGGAACUGUGACUUCACCAAUCAAUAGAAUGUUAGCUGUAGCUGGAAAAUUAUGGUGUGGUUGUCAGAACAUGAUUAAUGUUAUAAAUCCAUUGACUCUUAGAAUAGAGUCAUCGUUUCAAGAAAGCCAAGAUUCCAACAGAUCAGUUCAGUGUAUGGUGACAGCAGGACAGGGAGUCUGGAUAGCACCACAACAGAGUUCAAAGGUCUUGUUACAUCAUGCUACCACUUAUGAGUUCCUGCUGGAAGUAAACAUAGCCCAUGCUGUCACACAGAAGUUGCAAUCUGCAGAUGACAUUAUAAGACAACACAAAGCUGCUUGUUUACGUAUAACUGCCUUGUUAAUUUGUAAAGAUCUUCUUUGGGUUGGAACAAGUGCUGGUGUUAUACUUACCAUACCAAUGCCAAGAAUUACAUCAACAACAACAAGAGGUCAAAUGACAGCCCCAUCAGUAACAGGUCUUGUGUAUGGACAUACCGGUCAUGUUAGAUUUUUAACAUGUGUUGAAAUGAAUGCAGCUGCAGCAACUUCCAGUAGGACAGAUAAUGAAGAGGAAUCGUCACUGCCAGAAAACCUUGCCAUAAAAGACAUGCCCCGUAGAUCCUCUGUUGCUGCAACUACUGCUACUAUGGCAACACGAAUGCUUGUGAUAAGUGGUGGUGACGGUUAUGAGGAUUUCCGUACCACGUCUGCUAAUGAAUCUGCUGGACGUGAUGAUAGCACAAAUCAUUUACUAUUGUGGCAUGUUUGAAAAUAAUAACUAGUCAACUUUAUAUAUAUAUUAGUCCCCUGGUGUAUUUAUGUUAUACUAGUCUCCUGUGUACUUUAAUGUUUAGUCCAUAUGGGGCCAGAAGAAGGGUAACUCUCUAUAAAUAACUCUAGCUAACAUAUCUGUUGACCUCAAACAUAAGACUACAUCAAUUGUUGUUUGCUAUCAUUGUUUUUAUUGUUUGAUUAUCUUUCAGUAACAUUGUUGUUGAGAGUGGUGUAAAGGGGAGGUAUCUGCACGGAAGAACGCAAAAUUAAAUUGCCAUUUUAUGAUGAAUGAACAAUUAAAAAUUUACUGGACGUUGAUCUUUUUACUGAUUUAACAAAACAUGGUAAAUAACUAUCCUUUUUCACAGCUGCACAUGAAAUAAAAAUGGCAAAACAUGUUGCAUGAAAAUAACUCUUUACCACCCUCUGUUAAGAAUCCAUAUUUUACCAUGAAUACAAUGCCUCAUAUAUAUCUUUUUUUUUAGUUUUGGGUUUUCAUUUAUGCUUUUAUUCUUCCACUUGGAUUACUGUAAAUUUAAAAAUUAGUGCAAUAUUUUUAUUCAUGGGAAUAAAACAAAUGUGCUCAUAUCACAUUUUUAGCUCACCUGUCCCGAAGGGACAAGUGAGCUUAUGCCAUCACUUGGCGUCCGUCGUCGUCUGUCGUCCUUGUCGUCGUCGUCGUAAACUAUUUCAAGAAUCUUCUCCUCUGAAACUACUGGGCCAAAUACUUUCAAACUUUAACUGAAUGUUCCUUAGGGUAUCUAAUUUAUAAAUUGUAUCCGAAGUUUUGAUCUAUCAACAAACAUGGUCGCCAUUGCUAAAAAUAGAACAUAGGGGUCAAAUGCAGUUUUUGGCUUAUAACUCAAAAACCAAAGCAUUUGGAGCAAAUCUGACAUGGGGAAAUAUUGUUUAUCAGGUCAAGAUCUAUCUGCCCUGAAAUUUUCAGAUGAAUCAGACAACUUGUUGUUGGGUUACUGCCCCUGAAUUGGUAAUUUUAAAGAAAUUUUGCUGUUUUUGGUUAUUUUCUUGGAUAUUAUUAUAGGGUGCAAUCAACAGUUUUUUUCUAUGACGUCACAUUUUUAGGGACCAUGCAUAAGUGACCCUUAGUGGUGGACUGAUUAAUAAAGAUACUUGUAUAAAACUUGAUAUCACUGGAAUCAGAAUGUUCUCUAGUUUAUAAUGAAAUAAAAAUAAUGUGUACUUUUAAUAUAUUAAAAACAUUCCAUCCAAUGAACAUGGGGGAAAAAAGCACUAAUUUUGACAGAAAAAACUUGAAACCAGGUCAUGUGCACAGACAUGAAGACAUGAUCCAUGCACAUUUUUGAUAAUCAAAACUGUAUGAAAUUUGUAGGUUUUUACCUGGCCUUUCAAAAAAAUCUUGUUUCAGGGUACGGUUUCCUGCUCCGAAAAGAGCUACAGUGGCUGCAAAUAAGUUUUCAAUUUUCACUGCCAAAAAAACAGGAUGUUUACAAAGUUGUCUCCCCUCAAAACAUGUAAAGUUAAUUUAAUUUUUAAAAAUAUUUCAAUCAUUCAACCUGUUUUAAUUGAAAGCUAAUUAACUAUUUUUUACAAUCAAACACAAAAAACAUGAUACUUUUGCACCAAUUGAGUUAAUAAACAGGGGUUUCCCUCCAUGGUUAUUUUUAGUCAGGGAAUAACCCCUAGUUUUUUAUACGAAACUGUUUAUAGCACCCAUAGAUAGAGAUAAACUGUAAACAGCAAUAAUGUUCAGCAAAGUAAGAUUUACAAAUAAGUCAACAUGAUGGAAAUGGUCAGUUGACCCCUUUAGGAGUUAUUGCCCUUUAUAGUCAAUUUUUAACCAUUUUUCGUAAAUCUUAGUAAUCUUUAACAAAAAUCUUCUCCUCUGAAACUACUGGGUUCCUUAGGGUAUCUAGUUUGUAAAUUGUAUCCGAAGUUAUGAUCUAUCAACAAACAUGGUCGCCAUUGCUAAAAAUAGAACAUAGGGGUCAAAUGCAGUUUUUGGCUUAUAACUCAAAAACCAAAGCAUUUAGAGCAAAUCUGACGAUGGGUAAUAUUGUUUAUCAGGUCAAGAUCUAUCUGCCCUGAAACUUUCAGAUGAAUCAGACAACCUGUUAUUGGUUUGCUGCCCCUGAAUUGAUAAUUUUAAGGAAAUUUUGCUGUUUUUGUUUAUUAUCUUGAUUAUAAUUAUAGAUAGAAAUAAACUGUAAACAGCAAUAAUGUUCAGCAAAGUAAGAUCUUCAAUUAAGUCAAUUUGACCAAAAUUGUCAAUUGACCCCUUAAGGAGUUAUUGCCCUUUAAAGACUUUUUUCACAAUUUGUUCAUCAUGUUGACUUACUUUAAAAAAUCUUCUCCUUUGAAACUGCUGUAUCAAUUUCAGCCAAACUUAGGCUAAAUGAGUUUCAGAGUAUCUAGUAUAAAUUUUAUAUUUUAUUUCCUUGUAUGUCAAGAAACAUAGCUCCUAUGGCUAAAAUAGAACAUAGGAGAAAAUGAUUAUUUUUUUUGGCUUUUGAAGAAAAUAGGACGAUCCAAAAAACAUUUAAAUAAAUUGAAAAGCCAAAAUAAUCAUUGAUGAGAGAUUUAACCAAAAGAAUUAAGGUGAGCGAUUCAGGCUCUUGAGAGCCUCUUGUUAUACUAUGGCAGUUUUAUUUGAAUCAUGAAUAUUAAAUGUUUCUAGGUCAUGUAAGUAAAUUUGGCAUAUUUAGCAAAUUCGCAAUAAUUCUUAUUUACAGUAUAUUUUCAUGUGGUAAACUUUGUAAGGCCAUUUUUCUCUUUGUUACAUAAUUAUUGGAAAUUUUACUUGUUGUUUCAGAGAUAUUGAUGUAAAAAACUAAUUCUUUAAUUAGUGGGAUAAUGACAUUCAGUUGUCAGUUCUCCAUAAUCAUAUAAGACAAAAUAAAUAUUUAGAGACUUGAGAAUCUUUUUAUGGUAAACAUCUUUAUCAGUUAUGAGACACUUAAUCUCGACCUCAUUUUCAUGGUUAAUUGUCUCUUCAAUUACUAAAAUUCUUACAGGGUUUGUUGAUUCUCAUUAGAUUAAAAAUAAUUAAAUUUUUUAACAGAAUUAUAUCUUUUUGUUAUACUUUGAUCUAAAUGACUGUCACCAUAUUAACCAAACAUCAUCGAAAUAUUUAUUCUGACAAUCAAUUAUGCAGAUUAAGACAUUUCAGUUUGUCCACACUUUCACCAUUUUAGGAGUAUGACUAUGAGUGAAAAUGUAUGCAUAGUAUUAUAAUUAGUUUAUAAUUAACUAUUUCCAAACAAUCACUGGCUGAAGUCUAUAGAGUGCUAUAGGAUCAUUAUUCCAAUAUGUCAUUUAAAGAUGCAUGUAUUAAAUGAAAUAGUUUUGAAAUGUCCUUAAGAUUUUAUAUACAUAUAUAUGAAGGGAUGAUUUAGAACUGACAUAUUUAUAUCAUUUAUCUUUUGUUGAAGACCAUGUGUUAACCUCUAUAUAUUUUUUGUGGAUAUUUUCUUGCCUGUGAAGAAAGGCGCAGAAAGCGAGACAUGAGUAUUGCGGGUGAUGGCGACUAUGGCAAUUGUUAAACUGUUUAAGUUAGUUUGAUAGGAACUACUUCUGAUAAAUCAAUGAUGUUUUGUAUGAAUUGCAUUACUAUCAGUGCAUAUCAGUUUGACAACUAUUUUGAGGCCCUAUCUCCAGGAAAAUGGUCCAGUGACUUUGAAUUAGUUACCAAUUUUCAAUGUUAAAUUUUCUGCUUUAAAUCAGUUUGAUAGGACUUACAAUUGACAAUAAUUUGUUAUAUAAAUUUACAUUACUAUCCGUACACCUCAGUUCGGUGACCAUAUCGAAAACCUAUCACUAAUUCAUGGUCCAGCAAGUUUGAAUUAAUUAGCAAUGAUAAUGUCCAUCGGAUUGUCUUCUUCUGAAUUGUCUUCUUCAUAAUUUUAUGGAGACAGGUGAGACAUCUCUCUGUGUCAACAGUUUAUGAAUUGUUUUGAUGCUGUUUUAUUUACAUAUACCAAACAUCUUUUGUUGAUAUGCUAGAUGGCAAACCUCUUAAGUGGCAUGAGAUGCCAAAUUCAUUACCAACAAUUUUAUCAAAAUAAUUUUUUACAUGUAUUACAAAAGUUCUAUAGCAUGUAUAGAAACAAUAAACAAUUCUAGAAACAGAAAAUAAAGUAUCAGCAUUUGUGUGUAUUUUAGGACAAGAUCUCAUCUUAUUAACCAUAGAGAUGGCCUCAAAUGACUGCCAAUGGUCAUGUGACUUGAUCUAAAGCAAAUAUAAAUAUAGAUAGACAGACAGACAGACAGACAGACAGACAAGAAUGUGGCAAUAGUAUAAUGAUGGUCUAGGUCUGUUUGAUUUUGUGUCCUAGAUUAAGAUAAAUAUAUAUAAAUCUUUUACUUCUAUGUAUAAGAGUUACUGUAAACCAACUUAUUAUCGCACAUACUUUAUUUUAUUAUACCCAGCUAGUCAUCUGCGUUGCAAUAUAAUUUCGCGAUUAUCUUAUUUACUUAAUAUACUUUGAUAGGGAAAGAUCCAAGUUAUUCCUUUUCACGACGAUUUAAUUUCGCGUUAUUUUUCUACUUGCGAAAGCCGCGAAAAUAAAUUGCUUGCAAAAUUUAGUUCGUUUACAGUAUUAGUUGUUGACAUAAUCAGGCGGUUUUAUUUUAAGAUAAAGAUCACACCAUUUCCUUAAUUGUUCUCAUACUACUCGGAAUAUUGAAGAAGGUAAUUAUCAAUUUCUUUAUUCAGAUCCUUGCUAGAUAAAGGUAAAAAUGGGAAAAAAGAGAAAAUACUUUAUCAAAUGAAUUUGACAAUCAAACUUAUAUACAUAUCAUAUUAAAUAUGUUUAUAAUAGUUUAAAUUGAAAGAAAUAAAGAGACCAAUAUAAAAUACGUAAAUAAAGGGUAAUUGGUAUUUAUGAAAAUAUUGGGGCAUUUGAUAAACAGUGGUUGUAUAGGAAAUAUAAAACCAUAUGCUUCAUAAGGAAUGUCCUAUUUACUGUUGUCAUAUUGUAGAAUUUUAAUAAUGUAUGUAUAUUUUUAUUAAUUGUAUUAAUAAAACAGUGAUAAAUGUGCCAAUUAGGUCACAGAUUUGUGCAAUAUAUCCAGCUUUAAGAAGUAAAAUCCAGCAAAACUUGGCUGUCUCCUGAUUAUUUGUAACCUGAAAUUUGACUUUCAGUUAUAUUUCUAAACAGAGUGUAUUUAAUGACAAUGUGAGACCCUCAUUGGUGGUCAAGGUUGUUAAACACUGCUUUAAUAGUGUAUAUUGCAAUAUAGUAAAUGUUGGGUUCUGAAUUCUAAUAAGAAAUUCUGCUGCAUUGAAAGAGCAGCAGAGAUUCUUAUGACUUAUGAAUUUUGUCAUAUUUUGAUAGGUAUGUCUCACUUUUUGUUGUUAGUUGUGUGUUUAUUAUUUUUUUUUUUAUUAAAUUGGAGUAACCAAUGUCUGAUCUUUACAAGGUCUUAUAAGUUUAUUCAUUUUGGUUGUAUGGUAUUUUUACUGCUAGAUUAUAUUUUAUUUUGUAUGGAUCACACAUGAAGUAUAUGUUGUUUAUGUUGGUUUUUAUGCCCCACCUACAAUAGUAGAGGGGCAUUAUGUUUUCUAGUCUGUGCGUCCGUUCGUCCGUCUGUUACACUUCAGGUUAAAGUUUUUGGUCAAGGUAGUUUUUGAUGAAGUUGAAGUCCAAUCAACUUGAAACUUAGUAUACAUGUUCCCUUUGAUAAGAUCAUUCUAAUUUUAAUGCCAAAUUAGAGAAUUUAUUCCAAUUUCACAGUCCAUUAAACAUAGAAAAUGAUAGUGCGAGUGGGGCAUCCGUGUACUGUGGACACAUUCUUGUUUUUGUUGCUGUCACUAUCAUGAAUUGCUUGGUUUGUAACAGGAGCUUACUAACAAUAACUGACAGAAGCAUAGAUUAUUUUCAGUACAUUAUGCUAUAAAUCUAUUUUUAAACAUAAAUUGGGGUAAUUAAGCAUUGAAGUUAAGUAAAAUAUACAAGUUAUUGACCAAUCAAAAUCUAUGAUACAUGUAUAAGCCAUACUAAGGUGAAGUAUAAUAAAGAAAUAACCACACAGAUCUCUUUCCUCAACUUCUUCAUGUCUUUAAAAUGAAAUACCAAAAAAUAUGAAAGCACAUAGUUAUUUUUUUGUGAUGUGAUUAUAUUUUAUUUUUCAUCCUAGUCAAAGCAAGAGGCAAAGAUAAUAUCUUUGAAAUUCCUCUUUGUAGUAGUCUUACAACCAGUAGUCGGAGCUAUAACCACAAUUAACCAAUAGUCAUCAUAGUGACAAAAAAUAGUCAUUUUAUAAGUGCAACACUACUUUAUUUUGAGGAGAAAACAAAUCUAAAAAAAUGCAAACUCUGCAAUAAACUUGCAAAACUUUCUUCAAAGAUCAACUAUCAAAACAUCAAAUCCAAUCAUAUUUACCCAGAAAUGUUUCCAGAGGCCCCUUGUUGACAAGUUUGUUGCAUGUAUGGGAAAUAACAAUUGACAUAUACAAUAUAUUACAAACUUGACUUAGUUUUAAAAUAAUUGGCCUUGAUGAAGGCUUCUUAUCCAUUCCAAUGCUGAAUGAUUAUAUCAAUAAUGAAAACAAAAGAUAUAUUGAUUGCUAUUUUGUGUAUUUUUUUCUUUGAUCUUUCUUUGUGAUGAUUUUUCAGUUCAUGCUACUCCCUUGGGAUAGAAAAUAUGACAAGAAACUAAGGGUGCUUCUACCAUAGAAAAUAUGACUAGAAACUAAGGGUGCUUCUACCAAAGAAAAUAUAACUAGAAACUAAGGGGGCUUCUACCAUAGAAAAUAUGAACUAAGGGUGCUUCUACCAUAGAAAAUAUGACUAGAAACUAAGGGUGCUUCUACCAUUGACAGUGUUAACACCAACUACAGCAUACAAAAAAUAGCAAGUUACAUUUUAUCAAUUAAAUUCCCAAUUCAAGGAUGUUUCGACAACAUUUAUUCUCAUGGCUGCUGGCCUUUAGAUGAGAUUGUAGCAGAGAAACAAAUCCUCUUUUGCAAAACCAUUGAGAACUUAUACAUAUCGGUUGCAUAUAUUUCAUGUGUGGUACAAAUAUGUGUGUAUGAACUUGAUAUUAUGUCAUCUUCCUAUUGUAGGAUUAUUCUGUUAAAUGAUAUUUUUCUUGGUUACAUUGUUCCUAGCUUUGUAUGGUCAGUGUGUUUUGUCUGCUUGACAUAUACAUGUAUAUCAGAUAGAAUUAUUAUUUAUAUAGUUUGUUAAGUUUAAUCAGAUCUGUUAUUGUUGAUGUAAAGUGUAUUCAGGGGUUUAGACUCCAGGUUUAUGUUGUUUUAUGUUGAUACACUGCUAUAUGUAUAUAAUUAGAUAUUUUCAUGCUCCUUUUUAUUAGCUUAUUUAUUGAUUUUAAUGUGGUAUAUAUCUGUAUAAUGCUAACAUUAAGUAGAAGAAAUAAUUGUCAUAUUGUUUGGAUACAGCUUUAAAUCCGUCCUGUAAUUCAUAUUCUAUCCGAAAAAUAUCUGUAGUUUUUAAAAUUGUGUGUUUUGUAUUGUUUUAUAAUUGUUUUUAUGAUUAUAUGAAAUAUGGAAAUUUCAUGCCAUAUUCAUAUGAACUGAAAUUGCUUAUAUAUUGUAAAAGCAUUCAUUAUGAACAACUGUAUUUUUUGGGAUAUUUAUAAACUGAAUCAGCUAUGACCCUAUCACUACAGUUGUGAACAUCUUAAUAAUGGAUAGUUGAUCUUGUCAUUUACCAAUAGGAAUAACAUGAUGCCUAGUUCUGAAUAAGAUAGGGUAAUUAUAGAAAUAAUCAAAGAGUCACCAAACAACACAUACAUUCACGAAUGCGCGAAAUUCAUCAGUUGUUUGAUCAUAUAUCGAAUAUUUAUUCAUAUUUGAAUUCUUUGAUUAGUUAUUCUAUAAUUAUUCAUUCUUUUCUGUUUUUAUUUAGAAUAGGGCAAACUGUAAGAUGCAAUUCUUAUUGGUUCAAUUAAUUCUAAAUUCUAAUAAGAAAGGAAAAGAAGGAAUAAGGUGUAUUAGUUCAUAACAAGAAAUCAGAACAAGCAAUGGAUAACCCAAAGAAAAAGGAACAGUGCUUUUAUUGAUGUCUUCACCUGAAAAAAAACCAGCAAGGCCUUCAACAUGAAACAAAGCUUA